AUUAAUCUGAUUAUGAUAUAUUAUUUUUAGAGAAAGUUCAACACAUUUAAAAAAUACAACAUAUAAAGAAACUUUAUAGAUCACAAUGCCACACAUGUUAGAUACACCUUUUGGUCAAAUGCAACAACUCACUAUAAAUGACGAAAGAGAUUCAGGACCUGCUGAAGGACAUAUUGUUCAAGAUACUAAUACGCAUGGCGAGGGUUAUACUGAUAUGGUGAGAAAUCAUAAAAAGGAAGGGACUGAAAGUUGUGAUAAUACUUUGCCGAAGGAAAAUAUGAAAGAAGAAAAGGUACAGGGAAAAAAUGAUCAUGUUAAAUCACUGCCAAUUUCGAGUCUUAAUUCACAAUUGAAGAUAGCUGCAAUAUUAGACAUCAAAGGUCGAAGCGAUGUCAUGACGGUAGCAAAGUAUUUGAAUUUAAGUUCUCUUGAAAUUAAAGAUCUUGAGUCGCAUAAUUCUGGUGGUGGUCGACCAGCUUUAUCGUUUUUUGAAACACUAAAAAUAAAAAAGUUUGAGGAGUACAUGAUAAAACUUAAGACCUGUUUUAAAGAAAAUAAAAUGGUAAAAGCUGGUAGAAUCAUCUCGCAUUAUAAUGAUUUGGAUGCGUUAGAUGAUUUAACACCUCUUGAUAUUGACAAACUUGCUAAUGUUACUACUGUUUGUAAUGAAACUACUGCUCCUGAUUGGAAAUGUGUUGCAGAAUUUUUCGAAAUGGCAGAUGAAAUACCUGCGUUUAAAUCAAAGAUAUCAAUUGCUAAUAGUUACAGUCCAACAUUAGCAUUGUUUCAGCUAAUUGCAACAAAAUAUUUUAAGGAAAUUAAUAUUGGAAUUUUUUAUGAAAGUGUUAAGAAUGCUGGAAAUCAAAUUGCUGCAAAAGAGAUUGAAGACCAGAUUAGCAUAAUUGCCCAGAGACUGGUUUAAGAAGAAUGUUUGUAGUAAUUCUUUGCACCAGAAUUUUAAACUUCUUUCUGAAGACUGCGGUAUUUCCAACCAUGUGUCCUAGAUUAGAGGCAUUCUUUCUUGUUGUCCAUAAUAUACACACAACGUCACAACAAAUCAAAUUAUAAUUUUUUUAUUUAAACUAGCUAUAUAUAGAUGUAUUUAAAUUUAAAAGUUCGACUUUAAAUAAAGAAAAUUAACCUUU